AUGAAAACCUUUGGUCCUAAAGAAAAUUUAAAACAAUCUGUUGAAAGUGAAACAUCAUUGUGUCAACCAUCAACAAGUGCUGGAAUCAAGAGAAAACUUUCAAGUGAUAUCAACAAAAAAUCAACGCUAUUAGAAAAGAAAAAGUCUUCUGAGAAAUGUGAUUCUGAUAAACUUGUAGAUAAAUUGCCAAAGAAUCUACUUUAUGUGAUUUUGAAUCCAUUUAUUUUGAAUGAAAAGUAUGAAUCUUUGAAUCAACCGUUCCUUGUGAAGAUUCAGGAAUCUCAGCUCAAAAGUUUUGGAUUCAAAUUACCUUUCACAAAGUUUAUGGACUUAAGUGAAAACUGUUUCAAGAUCCAACUAAGGACGUAUGAUGUUUAUGUAUCUAUCAUUGCUAUUGGAGAUUCUCCUCUAGAAAUAGGCAAAUCGUUGAAAGAAAACGUAGAUAGAAAUCAAGCUCUGAAUGGUAUGAAGAAAAUCAAGAAAUAUACUGACUAUGUUACAGAGCUUACUCAUGUUCCAUUAGAUUCAGCUGAUGAUCUUCCUCCAAAGCAAGUUUUCAGUUCUAGAAUCUUGAGCUAUAUAUUUGGAAAUGAUUCUCAAACUGAAAAAAUUGAUUCAAAUACAUCUGAAACAAAAAAGCAGGUGAAGCUCGAGAAUUCUAAACCGUGCGAGGAUGAGAAUAAUAUUGGUAAAGAUCUGGACUUUCCUGAUUAUAAAGCAAAGGUUCAAGAGUUUGAAAAGCCGAGAAUAGAUUCACAUAGAUCAGAGUUAGAUCUUUCAAUAACUCAGAUUUUGAUUAAAAGUGUUUAUGAACAGUUGAAAGAUCUAGAUAAGAUGAAAUCAAACCUAUCAGACAGAGAUACGACUGGAUCUAUUCUGCUAACAGUUAUCAACCUUUUGUCUGAUUUCAUCAAAUUGGUUGAUCAUCAAACAAAGAAAGAGGAUGAAACUGCUCAGUCUAUUCCAGAAACAGACAGAACUUAUAAAAAUAGUACAAAAUCCUUGUCACAACAUCAACACCAUCAAUCUGAAUCCGAAUCGGAAUCGCCAACAAUCAGUGACCUUUGGUCAAUCAGCUCAACGACAACAACACCAACCUCCUCACCCUUAGCCUCUUUAUCCACCUCUGCCCUUUUAAUAGCUCUGAAUGUUAGCUCACUAAUUGUCCAAGGCUCAUCUUUACUCUCUCAUUCAUCAUCAUCUUUAUCUUCCCUCUAUUCUGAUGGUAAAACAAAUGAUGAGAAAAAUAUUAUCAUCUUUUCAUCAUCAUCAAAAGGAUUAACAUCAUCAUCAACAAAUUCACCUUUAUUAUCCCAUGGAAAUGGAUCAUUACUUUCAUCAUUCCAAUCAAAUGGAUCCAAUUUGAUAGUAAAUUGUUGUAAUCAUAAUUUAACAAGCAACACCAAUUUACCAACUAAUACAAUCAUAUCAACAACAGAAUUUAAUAUCGAUAAUGAUAAUUCAACAUCUAUUGUUGAUUAUGUUGGUCAAGGUUUCGGUAUUAGUACAUUAAGUGUCUUUGAUUUUUACGAUUCACCAUUUAAUGGACAAUUUAACCUAACAAGUGUCUUCGAUCAGGAUAAUUUACAAACUAAUUGGACUAAUCAAUCAGUUGUAAUCUCUUCCAAUUUGAAUACAUUAUUUAAUGAUACAAUCAUCAAUUCAUCUUAUAUCAUCUCAGGUUCAUCAUUAUCUCCCCUGAAUCCAAAUGAUAUUAUUUCCGCUAAUUGGACAACUGAACCCGAUCUUCGUAUUCAUCAUCCAUUUCUUGCUCUUCUAUUAGGAAUCAUUUGUCUUCUCGUUAUGUUUGGUAAUAUAUUGAUAAUGGUUGCGAUUCGUCGGGAACGUUAUCUUCAUACGGUCACCAAUCUAUUUGUGGCCUCGCUUGCGGUUGCCGAUUGUCUUGUUGGAGCCAUUGUAAUGCCCUCUUCAGUGGUCCACGAGGUGAUGAACAAAUGGUGGAUAUUUGGUCAAGAUUGGUGUGACCUUUGGCACUCUUUUGAUGUUCUCGCUUCAACAGCUUCCAUUUUAAAUCUUUGUGUCAUCUCACUUGACCGUUACUGGGCCAUUACCGAUCCAAUCAGUUAUCCUGCUCGAAUGACCAACAGAAAGGCCAAGAUACUCAUCGCACUUGUUUGGACUUGUUCCGCUUUAAUCUCUUUCCCGGCCAUUUUAUGGUGGAGAGCGGUUUCCUCGCCACCUCGACCUUUACGAUGUGACUUUACGGAAGAUGUUGGUUAUCUCCUUUUCUCAUCGAUCAUCUCAUUCUAUGGACCUUUGAUCAUCAUGUUAGUCGUUUACCUGAGGAUUUAUCGAGCGGCCAUUCAACAGACAAAAUCAGUUAGAAGUGGAACUAAAUCAAUCGCCGCCAUUGAUGGUAAUGAAAACAACGCUGUCGUCCUAAGGAUACAUCGAGGCGGUGGAGCGGGUGUUAGCACGGGCGCAAGUGUAAAUCCAAGCUCAGGGCCCGUUGUCUCGAGUUCAAGCAAUUGCUACUGUGAAAUUGAGAGUCAUAAUCAUCUUCAUCAUCAUCAUCAUUUUAAUCAAUCAUCUCAACAUCAUCUUCACAACAAUCAUCAGAUUAAAUCACCUCGUCUUGUGGGUGAGGUUUCAUUUGAAGAAUCAUCUGAUUACCUUAACUCAGAUGAUAAUGGUCUAAGUGUUAAAGUAUCAUCAGUCCGCCAUCGGAACAUGAAAGCUUUUUCAUUAAGCCGAAAAUUGGCUAAAUUAGCCAAGGAAAAAAAAGCGGCCAAAACUUUGGGCAUCGUGAUGGGAGUUUUUAUAUUAUGUUGGUUACCCUUUUUCAUUGCUAAUCUGGUCAAGGGAUUUUGUGGUGAUUAUUGUCUAAUUAAUCCUGAUCUUGUCUAUCCAUUGGUCACUUGGUUGGGCUGGUUGAAUAGCGGCAUGAAUCCGGUCAUUUAUGCUUGUUGGUCAAGGGAUUUUCGUCGAGCUUUCAAAAAGAUCUUAUGUUCUUGUUAUAAACCAAAGUCUAAUCGUGGAACCAAAAUACUAAACCGACCCGGCGGUGGUACUAUUGGUGGGACAGUUCAAUCGACGAGAUAUAAUAACAAUAACAAUAAUAAAUCAACGAUGAAUAAAAAAAGUAUCAGAAUUAAGAGUAACCAUAAAAACGAUGAGGAUGAAAAUACCGUUACAAUUGGCGAUUGUAAUGAGAAUAACAAUUUAGAGAGUGACAAUUAUUCACCAGUUGAUGUAUUUAAACAAUAUAAUCAAAGCGUUUAUAAUUCAAAUCAUAACAAUUCAAAUAAUAAUAAUAAUAAAUCACCCAAGUGCCCAAACGAUUCAAUCGGAAUGAUUGGCCUGAAAUCGGCGAGUUCAUUUAAAUCAACUCGAAAAGAGUCAACAGUUAAUGAUAUUUUUUUCUUAACCAAAAAGUGAUUAAUAAAUUGUGGAUUAUCAGAUGAAGAUGAUUGAUAAAAUGAUCUACUCAUGAUGAUGGACAAGCAAAUCAACAUCUCGACAGAUAAUUAACUAAAUUGUUGAAAUCACGAAAAUUAAAUAAUCUACUCAGUUGUUGAUGUAAAUUGUUGUUGAUGAUUAACUCUUGAUAAUAACAACAGUUUAUGAGUAAAUAAUGAAUGUCAACAAUCAGUUUGAUUGUCAUUAUUAGAUUUCACUCUCUUAAUUAACUUGCAAGUUGAUGUUUGAUUGUUACGAAUCUAGUUAAUUACAAAUCCUCUUGAAACGUUUCAAUCAAUACAAGAAAUUGACAAAAACAUGAAGAUGAAGAUGAAAACAUGAUGAUAAUCAUCAUCACACCAUCAGUAUGAUCAAGAUGAUUACGAAAAAGUGAUGAAACUAAUGGAUUUGUAAACAACAAUUAACGAAAGUUGAUUAAUACAAACAAGGAAAUUUUUUCCAUACUUUCACUUAUCAUCUUCAUCUUCAUCCUGAUCAUCAUCAACAUUAACAUUGAAUUAAAUUAAUUACGAUUAACUAAAUUGGAAUUGGAUGGAAAAUAUUUCAUCGAAAGGAACAAUUCAAACAAUCUAAUGAUUAACACGUUAAUUGUUUCGCUGGAUUACAAGUAAAAUCUUAAAUUACUAAUCAUAUA